AUGGCAAACUAUUAUUAUGAAGCUAUUCAAUUUAAUGUUUCUAUAAAUGGAACUUAUACUAUUGAAUCCCAUACUAGUGAUAUGGACAUCAUUGAUUCCUUAUACAUCAAUAGUUUUGAUCCUGAAUCUCCAUUUAUGAGUGUCUUAGAAUCGAAUGAUGGUGGCGAUACCGAGAGACAAUUCGUGUUCUCAACAGUUUUGGAGACUACAUCACAAUACGUUUUAGUUGUAAUAACAUUCGAGGCACUUAUAACAGGACCAUUUUCAAUUAUUGCAACUGGUCCAGCAUUGAGUCGAUUUCCUCAAGAAAAUAAAUAA